GAGUCUGAGCAUGCAGGGCUGGAUCCGAGAGUAGGCGGAAAAUACAGCUGGCUGCCUCUGGUCACCUCUCUGCUCUCACAGAUCUCUCACAUUCAGUCACUUCACGGUCUUCAAAAGAAAUGGAUAACCCUGUCUUUACAUGUUACAUUUUCUACAGCACUCUGCUUGUCCUCAAACUCUAUACUCUGGCCAUCAUCACGGGACAACUCCGGCUGCACAAAAAGGCAUUUAUUAACCCAGAGGAUGCAGUGAGACACGGUGGGCAGGAGUAUCAUCGAACUGAUCCUGAUGUGGAGCGAAGUCGGAGAGCCCAUCGCAAUGCCAGGGAGAACAUCUUUCCUUUCCUGUUCCUCGGUGCUAUCUACUCAUUGAUGGAACCCAACCUCUUCAUCGCCCAUGUCCAUUUUCUGGUCUUCUUUGUGGCACGUGUAGUCCAUAGCGUGGCUUAUCUCUUCGCUUUUAGAGCACCAACACGCUCACUGGCGUACAUCAUUGCACAGGUUCCUUGUGUGUCCAUCGCCGUACAGAUUCUUUCUCACAUUGCAAUUGGUUGGUAAGGGCAAUUGACACAACAAACCCAGUUAGAGACACUUUGGAAAUAUUGGCUGCCUUGAUCAGUUCAUCCCAGACGUGAAGAGUCUACUGUUAGUGUUGGAACUGUUAUUGCAUUGACUUGAAAUCCAUUAGACAUUGCCAGCAUGGUGUCUGCUUUAUCGAUUGACUCUUCUGAGAUCAAAAUUCUGCUCCUGUACUAUUAUUUCAUGCAAUCAAACACGCAAAUGCUUCGAUUUCAGCUCAUCAAUUUUAAAGAAAUUAAAUUAAACAAUUUAAAGAAAUUGCUGAAAUGAUGCAUAGGACUCUUUAAUACCCAUUGGUCCAGUUGCUGCCUGAGUGAUAGUCAGAAAGAAGAUGAAGCCGAUGUGGAAAACAAAUGAUGCAACGCCGUAAGGUGGGGAGUGACAACAGAUAAAACUUCAGCCAAAAUUUAUCAGUGUAGGAAUACUCUAUUAUUGAAUGCUUAAGAUGAGAGAAUAUUACUGUUCCAAUGCUACAUUAGAUAUAGCAAUGAGAAGUGGAUAAACAUUUUGUUUAAAUGUAUAUUGAUACAGAUUUGGUGGAUGCAACUCCUAACACCACUUCUUACCAAUUGUCAUUGUCAAUAAAUUCUUAUUAAAGCCUUAUGUAAAGACGCA